AUGCCGUUCCAGCCAUCUGCCCACGAUGGCGUUGCCCACCGCUUCUCGCCGGGUCUGCUGGCUUUUGAGCACAAACCCGCCAAUGCCUCCGCCACUACCACUAACGUGCUAAUCUGGGUCGGCGGUCUCGGUGAUGGUCUGCUCACCGUUCCAUACCCCACUACUAUCGCCUCCAAGCUCCCGCCUACCUGGUCUCUAGCCCAACCGCUCCUAAGCUCCUCCUACACCGGCUGGGGUACCUCAAGCCUCGUCCGCGAUGCCGACGAGCUCGCACUGUGCGUCAAGUACUUUCGGUCGCUCCGCGGGCCUGGCGCCAAAAUCGUGAUCAUGGGCCACAGCACGGGAUGCCAGGACGCGAUCGAGUACGUGGCGUCGCCCUCCAAGCCCUCCGCCGCUUCCUACAGAGCCCCCAUCGACGCCAUCAUUCUGCAGGCCCCUGCCAGCGACCGCCAGGCCAUGCUGCACUCGUUGGGGAAAGAUAAAUUCGAUGCGGCGAAUGCUGUGGCGCAGGCGUAUGUGGACGAAGGCCAUGGUGAGGACAUCUUGCCGUUCAGGGUCACGGAGAAGGACUUCAAGAAGACCCCGGUCUCGGCGCGGCGGUGGUUGGCGCUCGCGUCCCCGGAUAAGAAGGGCGCGGAUGACUUCUUCAGUGACGACCUGCCGGAUGAGGACUUGAAGAGGACGUUUGGAGCUGUGCCGAAAGGCUUGGGCGUGUGUGUGCUGUACUCCGGCAGCGACGAGUUCGUUCCCCCGAGCGUAGACAAAGAAGGUCUGGUGAAGCGGUGGAGUGGAUUUGUGAAAGAGGCAGGAGGCGUUUGGGAAGAGGAAUUUGGAGGCAUCGUGCCGCGUGCCAGUCACAACCUAAGGGGAGACGCGGAAGAGGUUGUAGGUGACCUGUGCAGAAGGGUUGUUGGGUUUUUAGGAAAGGUGGAGAAGGGUGAAGCGGCGCAUCUGUAA